UUUUACAGUAAAUUUAUAUUAGCACCCUCUGUCAUACAAAAAAAAUAGUUUUAUUAGUCAAAAAAACUAAAGAUGUUGAUUAUACAAAUUAUAAAUGCUCUAAAUGAGUGCGUCAUAUAAUGUUGAUGGGCUUAGUUACUGUGGAUCAAAUAACUAUGGUAACAUAUGAAAUUUGCUUUUAACUGUAGGACGCAAGCCAAUUUGAAAGAAUUGAAAGCUACAAUGGAUCAACCAAAAAGUGAUCCAGAAAAUUACAAAAUUCAUAAAGAUGAUGAUAUGAUGUGUUUAAUAUUCAAGCCUGGUUCUUUAAGUACUUUUCCUGUUUCAGACUUCCAAAGUCUUGGUGAUCUUACGUAUCUGGGCUUGUCAGGAAACAAUUUAGAGGAAAUCGGAAAAGAUCUCUUUACUACUUUUCCUCUUUUAAAGUGGCUCGACUUGAGAAAUAACAAACUCUCUAUUUUUCCUCGGUUUGUUAAUCAUCAAUAUUUGGAGACCCUUCUUCUAGGAAGCAAUAAUUUAAGAAGACUGCCUAUUGAAUUAGGUUCAUUUAUGCAGUUGAGCUCUUUACAAGCUUCAGAUAAUCCUCUUGAAUUUCCAAAUGAUACUAUUUUUUUGGACUCUGGCUGCGAUAUUAUUACUUUUCUAAGAUUAUGUUGGCAACAAAAAACUGAAAAACCUGACUUAGCUGUCAGUAAUGAAAAGAAAGUUUAUCAUAAUAAGGUUAAAAAAGCUGAAUGCCUUCAACCAGUAAAACAAUUUAGAAAUGUUUCUAAUGUAUUGGUGGAUAAAAUUCAUUCGAAUGAUCCAAUUGACCAAGUGUUAGCAGAACAUGUGACAAGGAAAUUGAGAAAUAUAGAAAAACAGCUGCAAAAAAUCAAAGACAGAGAAACAUUGAAAUCCUGGCGAGAAAAAUAUAUGGGGCAAGGAGUAGCUAGAAAGGAAAUAGAAGAUUCUGUCCCAUUUGGAAUAGAUGAAGAAUAUUUAAGGAUGAUGACUCGUGGAGAAUUGCACAAUAUUCGCUGCAAUAUGAAACCUAAAAAAUCAAUUGUUAGGAGGAAAAAAACAUUAUUAAAUAUAGAUGAAGAACUAAUAAAACUGCAAGAAUCACUUGAAAAAAUACGUAAUCGUCAAACAAAUAAUGAUUUUUCCCUUGAUAUUUCUCAAAAGAUGAUUGAUUUAAAAGAGAUAAAUGAGAUACAGAAGAGAAUAAAAGGAUUGCAAAUGGUCAAUUAAAUACUAAAUGAUAACCUUAAAUGACUAUAAACUUCUAAUUAUUAUGCAUUCUAAACUAAGAAAAACAAAAUGAAUUAUUGAUGAUAGUGAUUGUUUUGAUGUUUCUUAAACAGAAAAAUGAAAUUAUAAUUAAUACUCCCCUAACAUUUGUUUCAUUUAUUUUUAGUUUCUA